CCGAGCCGACCAAUGAGAGAUCAGCGGGAAAAGCGACUACUCGCAGACUUUUCGAUUUGAAAUCCAAACGGCUACAAGAGAUUAUUACUGGGCUGUGUUUUCUGCUAUUCUCAGUCCCGUGUAUAAAAGAUCUGAACAAGAUCCAUGAACAAAGAGAAUACAACUUCCCGUCUCCCUGUUAUGUCUGGGAAACGUGCUCACACCAGCAGCACAGAUGGAGAGCAACAGCAGCCUGCACAGAAGAAAAUGCGCAAGGUAGAGAUAGAGCCGCCUCAGAGGUUCAGAUCCGCGGCUAGUGUCGCGCCCCCGAGACGUCCAGUGGCAGUCAAAGCUCCUGCCAAACCUCUUCGUCCAACUGGAGCCGCAACAGUUGCCGUUGCCCCCAAAAAAGGUGACCAGAGAAAACCAGUUGCAGCAGUCCCUAAAGCUGCCGUUGGUCCAGGUAUGUCACGGAGGCCAGGAUGGGACCUGAAGGGCAAAGUGAGUGACAUGGAGACCAAAGUCCAGAGCUACCAGGGAAAAAUAAAAUCUGCAAAUCAGGAAAAUGAAUAUUUAAAAGAAUCCAUAACCAAAGCCCAGAAGCAUAAGGCUGAAAUCGAAGAGGAGAACAGCGGUCUCAAAAAGCGUCUCAGGAAUUGUGAAGAGGAGCUGGUAAAGCUGGCUACUGUGAAAGAUGACCUGGAGCAGACCUCUAAAGAGAGAGAUGGUCUUAAGAAAGACCUCAACAAGCUAACCGAGGAGCAUAAGGUUUUGGAAGGACUCAGGGACCAUCUGGAGUCUGAGCUACGCAAUAUACAGACUCAGCUCGCCAUUCAGACCUCUGCACUGGGCCGGUGUCAGGACAGUUUGAAGGAGAGCCAAGAACUGGCCAGGAACCUUGAGGAGACAGUGGCCCAUCAAAGAGAAGAGCUCCACCUUGGAGAAAUGGAGCGAAGGAAACUCCACAACACCAUUCAGGAGCUCAAAGGCAACAUCCGAGUCUUUUGUAGGGUCCGCCCACUGUUGACCGGCAAACAAUCUGAUAUUCUGCACAUCCAGCUGCCGGCCCAUGACAACAAGGCUCUUACGCUUGCCAAAAUAAAAGAAUCACACACCGGUCGCACGGCUGACACUCAGAAGAGCUAUAACUUCAGCUUCGACCGUGUGUUUGGGCCGCGUGCCGCUCAGCGUGAGGUUUUCGAAGAGAUCUCCCUGCUGGUGCAGUCUGCUCUGGAUGGGUACAACGUGUGCUUUGCUUAUGGCCAAACUGGCAGCGGGAAGACCUUUACUAUGGAAGGUAGCGAUCUGGAGGAAUUGUGGGGAGUCAUUCCACGUGCUGUCCAGCAAAUCUUCAAGUCUGCCAAAGCACUCCAAGAGCAAGGAUGGCAGUACACCUUCACUGCCAGCUUUGUGGAGAUCUACAAUGAGACUCUUCGAGAUCUUCUCUACACAGGAAAGCCAAAUAAGAGACCGGAGCAUGAGAUCAGGAAGAUCUCCGGCAAUGAGAUCACAGUUACCAACCUGACCUACCAAAAAGUCAACAAUGAGGAUGAGGUGCACAACUUGAUCAUGUUGGCAAACCAGAACCGGUCCACAGCCCGCACAGGCAUGAACGAUCACUCUUCACGUUCUCACUCUGUGUUCCAGCUGGACAUAGAGGGGCAGAACUCUGAUCGAGGCACCAAGUGCAAGUCCACGCUGUGUCUGGUGGAUUUGGCCGGUAGUGAGAGAGUGCAGAAGAGUCAGUCUCAAGGAGAUCGAUUCAAGGAAAUGACCGCCAUCAACUCUUCCCUCACCAACCUGGGAAUCGUGAUCGCCGCUUUGGCCAACAAGGACAGCUUUGUUCCCUACCGUAACUCAAAGCUCACCUAUCUCCUCCAGAACUGCCUCGGAGGCAACAGCAAAACUUUGAUGUUUGUGAAUAUAUCGCCUGAGGAGGAGAGCUUCAGUGAGUCGCUGAAUUCUCUGCGCUUCGCCAGCAAGGUGAACGACUGUGUCAUCGGAACAGCCUCCGCUAAUCGGAAGUAGUUCAGCUGUCAUUUCCCAACAUCCUCUGUGGUCAUUUUUAAAUGUUUUUAACUAUCUGAACUUCCCUUAUUUCAUCUUUAGCCUCAUCUCUCCUGUCUUCUGCAUUUUUAUUAUAUUUCUAUGAUGCAUUUUUUAAUGUUCAAUAUUACUGGCAGACAAUUUUUAUUAAUGUUUUACAGCCACCAAAUGCUUAUUGUACUUAAACUUGUAAGGGGAUCAAUAAAUUUUCCAUUUUGGCAUGUAAUGCAGUGAUGAGCCUCAUUAUGAUGCCAAGUGGACAAAGUUUG